AUGGAGAAGCAAAGAGUCAACGAUGCUGUCGUCAAGUUAGGGAAUCUCAUAAUCAAAGCGCGCGUUUUCGUUGCACAUAGGCUGUCUUCGCGGAUCCGGGCAUUCAGAGCGAGAAAUAAUGAAAAGUUCAAGGGACGGAUCGAUCGCUUGCUCGCAGAACUACCUUAUCUCAAAACCCUAUCGAAAUCAGGAACGAGGAAAGCAACCGCGCGGAGAAUGUUAUUGAAUACAGAGGACCCCAUGAGCAAGAUCGAAUGCGAAUCAACCUCUCCUGACGACCGCGCUUUCUUCAGACUCUGCAAGACGCAAUUCAUCGAGCGGUUCAUCUCAGAGUUCAGAGAAGCGAAUGUCGAUUGGAAAUAUUGGGUACCACCGUUGUUAGCGAUGUGGGAGAAGAAGGUUGGUAUGAAGAGGACUCGAUUGAACGGAGAAAAUUGGAAGCGCCAGGCCAUGCCGCUCGCUGGGAACGAAGCGAGAGAUGCCGAGACCGACGACAUCAAAGGCAUCGGGGCUUCUGGCAAGCGAGACAAAGGAACCAAGGGGGACCUCACGCUCGUUGACAAGGCGAAGAGAAAAAGCAGGAGAGCGGGCGAUAAAUUCGUGAAAGAAUUCAUCACGAAGCCGGGCGACCUUCAUGGUCGAGAUUCCGCAUCCGACUCCGCAGAUUCGACUGAUGCUCACAAAACCAAAAGUGGAUCAGGUUCGAGUGCGGAUAGCGGAGAAGACUAUCGGAGCGAAGAUAGAAAUAAGAACGAAUCGGGCCCUCGAUUUUCGAAGAGCAAGAGCGCGAGCGCGGGGCGAUCCGAUCCCCAUCGGAUUUUUUCCCACGAUGAAAAAGAAGGGUCAUCUAGCCCCGAAGUUUGUCAAGUCCCGUUCCGACCCUAUGCUCCGAAGUACUUCGUUGGCAGCAGCGGAGGCGAGGAUUCGAGUGAAGCCGAUGGUGGAUGUGAAGGUACGAAUACAAUCAGGGAUGGCGACGCGGAUGACGAUGAGAAGAUGGGUUUGUCGGAUAGUGAAAACGAGGAGGGAGAAGAGGAGAGCGAAGGCUCUGAGAGCGAAGAUGGCGAAGACGAAUCCGCAGACGAUGAGGUCCCGGCGCCUAAGAAGAAGGGUCCUGAUCGAGAUCUGUCCAUCGAAGAACUCGAGGAGGAUGCGGAAGAUAGCGCCGAUGGCGGAGCUUCUAGUCAAGACGAGGAGGGAAACACCGGGGGCAGUGACGAUGAGGACGAGGAUUCGGAAGGAAGCGGGGAAGACAUGAACGACAGCGAUCACGAGAGGGCUUUCGAAGCGAGGAUAGAGAAAAAGUUUAAAUCGAAUGGGUCCAGGACAUCGUUGAAAGCUCCAGUAACCACCUAUGAGCCCGAGUCCUCUGAGGAGGAGUUCCCUUCGACGAGCAAAGCGGCCAAUCAUGGUAGAAACGACAAGGACGUCGACGGAGACAACGAAGAGGAUGACGCUCGCGCGGCUUCAUUUUUCUUGAGGAAGGGGGAAAAACCUGUCGACGUCGAACCGCGAACCGUGCCGAAGGAACAGGCGCCUAAUUUGAACAGACGUCAGAGGAGAGGUCACGAAAGGGAUCGAAGUUUCAAUACUGCUCCUCAAGACGGUGACGCAGGAUCCGAACCCAAGUCGAACCUAACCUUCGGGAGAGAUUUCCGACCGAGGAGAAGUUCUCAACCCCGAGAUCGACAUAAUAAUCCAGGGAGUGAGUUUUCCCUCCUAUGCUAUUCCGCUUGGAGGUCUUGUAAGGACCCUUUAUUUUGA